AUGACGUGUUUCACCCAGGCACAAAAUAUACCAAGUGUAGCUCAGAAUCCAAACUACGCCUUGUAUCCACAGUACUACGCUCAAGUUCAAACCGUACCUCAUCUUAAUCUGCCAGAGCAUGAUCCGCCCAUAUCAUUCCCAACGGAGUAUAAUUUUAAAUACGAUGAAUUUGUUCAACCUCAGCCGCAGACUUCCGGAGCGAUGCGGUUUGCCUGGCGUAUGCUGCAGACCAUGAUAUUACCCCAGCAAGGGAACGCUGUCAUGUGUCCGAUCCUACCGCAGACGCUGCUAGCGAGCCUGGACGAUGCCGCGGACGAUGGUGCCAAGACAGAACUACGCUCCUCAUUGCUUGCCUCCUCAAAGGAACUGGGCAAACUGGUACGCAACCAGAUUAGUGACACCCAACAGUCGGGCGUGAACAAACUCGACCAAGCCAUGGCCAUCUUUCUCGGUACCGGUACAAAAAUCAGCCAACCCAUCCAGGAGAACGCACUGAAAGAUGGGGUAGAAUUUUUGCGCGUCAACUUCAUGAACCGGAAUGACGCUGCUGCUACUGCCAAUAACUGGGUUUCCCAAAAAUCCCGUGGCAACAUACGAGAGAUAGUCGCACCCAAUGCCCUGGAUGCCUCUACCCGACUGAUGUUGGCGAGCGUUAUAUAUUUCAAGGGGAAAUGGAAGAACCAGUUCACUAAAACGGAACCGGGACUGUUCGAGACAGCGCCAAGCUUUGACAAAUCGAGCGCCCCAACCACUCGCCAGGUGCCGAUGAUGUACAUGUUUAACAAGCUCCGGUACGGCGAGGUAGACUUCCAGGAUGGAAAUGGCAUGCGCUGGGUGGAGCUACCGUACGAAGGGUCCGCCGGACUGUCGAUGAUUCUGAUGCUGCCGAAGGUGCGCCACCAGCUGCAGCGAUCGGUCGACCAGCUGAAGGUUACGGAUGUGGCCGAGAUCAUUUCGGGCUUGAAGCAGAUGCGCAGCGCCUACAAGAUGCAUCUGUACGUGCCAAAGUUCAAUCUGUAUAGCUCGCUGUCGCUGGUGCAGGCGCUGAAGAACCUGGGCCUGAAAUCGAUCUUUGACCGACCGUCGGCGCUUAGCGGCCUUGCCGACGAACCGCUGGUGGUGCGUGAUGUCUCCCAGCGGACGUUCAUCGCGAUCGACGAGCAGGGAACCACCGCAACUUCGGCAGCUGCACUGUCGUUCGUGGCACUCAGUGCAGCACCACCACCACCCACCAUUAACUUCACCGUAAACGAACCCUUCCUCUUGAUGAUCGUCGACAAAACGAAUCAGUAUCCCUUGUUUGUGGGAAAGAUAGUAAACCCGGAAUCGAACUAA